AUGAACACCACUGUUACACCAUCAGACCUGGUGGAUGUGCCAAGACAUCAGACCUUCAAUGGCACCCUGGGCACAGAGACUCCGUCAGGUUGGGCCGUGAUUCACACCGCUACCAUGACCUUUUGCUCUCUGCUCCUCAUCCUCAUCUUCUGCCUGGGCUCUUAUGGCAAUCUUGUGGUGUUCCUGUCCUUUUUUGACCCUGCGUUUCGCAAGUUCCGCACCAACUUUGACUUCAUGAUUCUCAACCUGUCCUUCUGUGACUUGUUCAUUUGCUGUGUGACUGCCCCCAUGUUUGCACUGGUGCUCUUCCUGGAUGCAGGCGGAGGGGAUGGCGUGUCAAAGAGUUUCUGCUUUGCCUUCCACUUGACCAGCUCGGGCUUCAUCAUCAUGUCGCUGGAGACGGUAGCUGUCAUUGCUUUGCACAGACUGCGCAUGGUUUUGGGGCAGCAGCCCAACCGCACCGCCUCCUUCCCCCGCACGCUGGCUCUCACUGCCCUGCUGUGGACAUCCAGCUUCACCAUGGCUGCCCUUCUUACCAUGCGAGCAUACCCACGUAGAGAUGGGCCCUGCUUGCCCCACUUUGGCCUGGGAGGCGGACAGGCCCGGGUCGUGUUGUAUGUCUACCUGGCAGACUUUGCCUUUUGUGUCGCUGUGGUGUCUGUAUCCUAUCUGAUGAUUGCUCAAACACUGAGGAAGAAUGCACAGGUGAGGAAAUGUCCCAUCAUCACAGUAGAUGCCACAUGCCCUCCACCCCCACCACCUCUCAUUGCAGCAGGCUUUGAGAGCAUGCAGUGUGCUGUUCAAGGCCCCUCUAUGUACCGUAACCAGACUUACAACAAACUGCAGAAUGUUCAGACACACUCCUAUGCCAACAGGAUCAGCCAGCCUCUGGUUCCAGGGGCUGCCCAAGGAGCCACCUGCUGUCAGCUGGUGUCUACGGUCAACUUGGCCACAGCCAAAGACUCUAAGGCAGUUGUCACCUGUGUCGUCAUAGUGUUCUCUGUGCUGCUUUGCUGCUUGCCAAUGGGAGUUUCACUGGCACAGGAUGUUUUGUCUCCAGAAAGUAGCUUUGCACAUUACCAGUUUGAACUGUGCAGCUUUGUGCUCAUUUCCCUCAAGUCGGGCAUCAAUCCCUUUGUGUACUCACGCAACAGUGCAGGCCUCCGCCGCCGUGUGCUGUGCUGUAUUCAGUGGGCUGCGCUGGGCUUUCUCUGUUGUAAGCAAAAGACUCGUCUGCAUGCGAUGGGGAAGGGCAGCCUGGAAGUCAAUCGCAAUAAAUCCUCCCAUCAUGAGACCAACUCAGCCUAUGUACUGUCACCCAAGCCACAGCGGAGGCUAGUGGACCAGGCUUGCGGGCCCAGUCAGUCCAGGGAUUGUGCUGGUAGUCCAAGGGCGACAGGUGUGCGCAAACCGCGCCCGCCAAGUACCUCUACACCUAUCAACACCCGCAUUGAGCCCUACUACAGUAUAUACAACAGCAGUCCCUCUGCAGGGCCCAGCUCCCCUACCAGCCUGCAGCCUGUCAGCUCCCAGACAUUUGCCUUUGCCAAGUCAUAUGUAGCCAUGCACUAUCACACUCACCAAGACCCACUACAAGACUUUGAAAGCACCUCAGUGCACCAGAUUCCCAUUCCCUCUGUCUAA